AUGGCGUUUCCCGCCAACUUUGACAGCGGGGCGCCGGCGCAUCAAUUAUCGGCGACGCGACUCCUCAGCUCACCUGAUCCGUCGCGGCACCAUCUCGAUGAACAAAAUGAAGUGUACCCAUUCACAGAAGACUACGGGUCGCGGAACGGUGCGCUACGGUGGGGCUCCCGCUUCGGUCCCGCCUACAGACCUUCGACCGGAGUCCUAGACUGCUUCAAUUUGUGCACAGCGAGAAUUGACCAAUAUCUCGCCAGGAGAAAGAUCGAGCGCGGUGUACGCUUAUAUAACUCCAAUGAGCAGCAACAAGCGGUAAAAGUAUGGCUGUCCGCGCUCCGAGGUGUUCGGCACCGAAGCGACAAAUUCUCUCUACUCGGGCACUUAUACCAAGCAUACAUGGACUUUGGAAAAUACAGGCACGUACUUAAAAUAAUCAACGCUAUUAACAAGCUGGAAUCGUUAGAGUUUGCGAAGAGUCAGCUAAGCAUAUCAGAGGAGCUGGAUUCGGCACCGAUGCGCGCUGAGGCGUAUCUCAAUCUAGCGAGGGCACAUCAGACACUGGGCAGCUUAGACAGAGCUCUUUCAUACGCUCGGCACGCGUUGUACAACGAUUGCGGUGGCGGUUCCACUGCCGGCUGCGUUCAUCUCACGGUCGCUGGUGUCAGUCUAGAGCUAGGCGCCUUCUCCAAAGCUAUGGAUGGAUUCCAGAAAGCAUUAGCCGCUGCGCAAGUUCAUAACGAUAACACACUUCUGUUGCAGGCGAGUUAUGUGUACGUAGGUCUUUCGGAACUAUGGCGUCGUCUCCGCGAUUGCGAGCGUGCAGUUGCGUGCGCGGCGCGCGCAUGUGACUUGGGCAGAGGUCCGCGCGCUGCCGACCUGAACACUCGCCACCAUCGCACUGCGUUACUGCAAAUGGCGGCUGCGUUACGCGCCAGGGGAGAACUGGGGGAUGCGCACGACUACUGCAAUGUGAGUUACGUGUAGACUGAUAUACCCUAACGCCACAGUACGGCCGGCCUUUUUUUCAACGCUAGGAAAUGAAAUACACAUACUCGUUUCCCCCUGCAAGAGGUCCACGAGUUAUGCAGGACCUACCCUAAGAAUGGGGGCUAGCCAAAUAGCAGAGGAAUACCCACUAAAGCCUAGCGAUGUUCGAACGAGCACACGAGCGAAGCACGGUGCGGGUCCCGAUCCCUGGUCACGUAUUUCACACGUAUUACGACCUGCGCCACCUGAGUGAGAGCUAGAUAUCCUAGCCACUAGACCAUAUACAGUAGGCCCGGGCCUAGGGCAGCCAGAUAUUUGGGGGUUUAAAUGAUAAAAUGCUGGGUGUUGUUAAUUGUAUCUUCACUUAUUUAUCAGAAACAAGCUUUUAAAUAAAUAAAGGGUACUGUUCUGAGAUAAGAAUGGAAUAAAACUCCUAUUUCUAUAAAAUCUCUAUAAGGUUUGCAAUAAUUGUAACAAAAAACAAACUCAUGA